AUGGCGCCAAGCUUGCAAGAGCUGAUUGACUUUCUGCUUAACGAAAUCGCACUCUGCGGCAGUCAAGGUGCAACCUUGUCUGAGAUCAGCGCGGCAGUCAAGGAGUUCUACCAAAAUACAAGUCAAGACUCAAGUGCGAGAACGCAGAAUGUGGACCGCCGUUUCCAGGCGAAAGUCUGGUCAUGGCUCACGCGGCACCCAGAGGUAUCUGUGAGGCCGGAUGGCCACUGGGAACGCAUGAACCUUGAUCAAGCCGAGCAGCGGGACGCAGAAUUGCAGGAAGCAGCAAAAUCGGGAGAUGCGAGUACAGAAUCAGACCGAGAUGAGGGUUCAACAUCUCCACCGGGCGUUCGCGUCUUUGUUUCGAGGGAGAGAAUGUGGUAUGCCCUCACUGGCCACGAACCCGAUGAUACCAAAGUGCCCGCGAGCGAAUUUUUGUUGCUGUCAAUCAUUGCCAUGCACAAGUCCAAGGGAAUUGCUCAAACAGACCUGGUGAGACUGAGUGGUCAAGACAAACGCUCUGUCCCAAAGCGAACGGACGCCCUCGCUCAAAAGGGUUACGUCGAAAAGCGUCCGAUCCAGAUCAAGUCAGCCCGGACGAGUCUCGUCACUUUUCGUCGAUUCCUCAAAUCAACAACGGGGCAAUUCACGGCGGAGAGCGCAUCAGCAGACCCGAGUGCCCGGCCAAUCAUUGACUUUGACGCCUUCACAGCCAAGCUGUUUGGAAUCCUCAAAGAAUUCGGUAUAAUCUCUCGCAAUGACCUCAAAAAGCGACUGGAAUUCGAGGAUCGUUGGCGUUGGCGCAUUUUAUCACGGGCGCUUCGCAAGUACGAAAGAAUCGGUGUGCUGAAGCGAGUCAAGGCAAAAUCUCAAUACGACAAAUUUCAUCCCUGUGUAAUGCUCAUGCGCGAGCCUACUGAGGCCGACAUUUCCAAGUUCAACGCGGUGAGCGGGGAGCUCAAUGGAAAUGCAGACGACCAAGGCGAAAUCGACGAUGAUAUCGAAGACGCACGGGAUGAUGCGGGAGCCGAUGCGGAUGCCGGAACUCUCGAGAUGGCACAAGACAAACCGGUCAUUGAGUCUGGACGGAUAGUCCCCUGUUGGACUCCAGAUAGGCCUGUUGGAAACCAGAUUUUCGAUGUGGUACAUCGAGCCGGUACUGCAGGCAUCACCAACCUGGAUAUCAACCGAAUUUGCUUUGGUAGCAUUUACCGACGACCAUCCGAAAAUGCGUUACACCGAUUGACCGAUUGCUGGCAAUUGUCCCAACCAUCGCACCUUCGACACCUUGGCAUUGUGAGGGACACGGCGAUCGAGAAGACCACUUUCUUCUAUGUACAUUAUUCAAUCCAGAACUUUGCAAAAUUAGUCGAAGAAGGUGACGCGUCAUGGGAAGCAGUGGAGUUCCCAGCGUCAAAGUUGAAAGCUGCAAAGUUUGAAAUUCCCCCUGUCGACGCAAAGGCUAAACGUGAUCAAUAUGGCUUCCACGAAUCAACUGUCAUUGGCAAUCUCGUGAAAAACGGCAAUGCCAGUCUAUUCGAGGCAGUUGCGGUUUGCAAACCGCCAACUUAUCUUUUGUCAAGCAGCGACCCAAUGCCAGUCCAGCUACCGGAUGGCCAUUUCACAAUCGACAUGGGCCGACAAGCUAUUGCCGGGACAAUCAUACCAUCGCCCAUCAGCACCCGGCCACAUGGUGGUCGACCUAAAGGUCCGCGGGCUAAGGGAGACUAUCGGCGAUCGACUUUAUCGAAAAUGGAGCGCAGUUCUCCCGCCGCAAGUCCGGGCCCGGAAAAUCACGAGGAGAGAAAACUGCAUCAGAUUCCGCCAACGAUCCCGGAACAUCUCACAUGGGAAAGACCUGCUCGGUGGACACCAAGGGCUGGUAACAAGCGGGCAAAGCUGGAGGGCCUUUCAGAAAAAGAGCGUUUCGAGGCGCUUGGAAUGGAUGAGACCUGGACUGAGUACAAUGUCUUGGUCAACAAAUGUCCCAAUCCUGGCGUCUAUGUCACACCACCGGGCAAGCGGAGACCGGCAGGGAGGAGACAAGGUCGCCCAGCGAGAAGCCGUAUCGCCGUCUUCAAAUCAGAGAAAUUGACAUCUCUCGCGUGGUUCACAGAAGAAAAGAAAGAGGCAGACCACGACGAUACCGGGCUUGAAGAUACCCCCACCAAAAAAGCUGGCACGCAUCAGGGUGGUAUGCCCAAAUAUAUGAGCAAUGAUCCGAACAUCAAUGGGUCCACGGAAAUUAAGCCAGCUGCUCAAAUCCGAGUUACAACCAGACUUUCUGGACGAAAACGGGACCACGAAAUCUUGGACGAGUCUUCAACGGAUAGAAAUGCUGCAACGGCCGAAGGAACCUUCAAACGGCCACACAAACAGCCGCGUGUUGGAGCACCCGAUGAGCGGGUCACUGGAUCGCUGGCUACAAUUUCCCAAGAUAUGACAUUUGAUGUGCAGUCUGUUCCCAUGGAAGUUGAAUCCGUUGAGCCAACUGCUGCGCAACCCGACGGAGAAGAGAUUCAAACUGCCGCUUCGGAAAAGCUGCGCAUGGCAUCACCGGCGCAAAUUGCAGCCACUGAAAAAACACCGACACCCACAUCAGUCGCUCUUCAAAGUCCAGCAAAACGCUUGAACAGCACAGAACGAACAAGAAAGCCCCCGCCUUUCUCAAGGGAUUGGCUCUCCAAAACAAUGAACCCUUCUUCAACGAAGCCCGGUCAUGUCACGAAGCUUGCCCAGGGCUUAGCAGACCGUGGAGGCUCCGUGAGCCUGCUUCGAAAGAAGAUCAUCAUGGAAAUUAUCGAAAAGGCCGGUGGAGCGUAUCCUUCGACUCCAGAAAUUUGGUUUCCAUUCGCCACGGCGUGGCUGAAGCGCAAGCAAAAGGAACGGCCGGAUAACCGCACAGUCAAGACAGCGAUCAGGAAUCUGGUCGAAGCCGGCAAGCUGCGGCAGUUGACGUUCUGUGGAAAGGGCCCCAAAGGAGCGAUGGUCACUAGAACCAUCUUAGCGAAACCGGAAAUGUCGUCUGAUGAUCCCUUGAUCAAGGACAUGCAACGAAGGCUGCUGGCAGCGACUGACCAGCGUCUUUCCUACUCGCCAAAUGUUGAACUGGAUCCCGAGCUUACAAAAUACAGUGGACAGAGCGGAAUACCGAAGCUCAUUCUUCCCGUGGUGUCAGGUGCAACGGUUCAAUUACAACAAAAGCCUGCCACUGUCCUCGCAGAAGAACAAAGGAUUGAGCGGAGAAUCCAAAAAGAGUUACUCAGGAAGUUGGAAGAUCAGCUUGGAAUUCCUCAUGAUUCUUCUGGCAGUGGCACCAAGCGUCUCAUGAAGAUUGGCCGUCGUCACCCCCGUCAGUCUGGCCAAGACUCACUGCUGGGUGGUCUCCAGACCCUCAUUUCUCGACCUGAUCUGAUCAACGACUGGAGAAGGGCUAGAGGUGAUAUCGCACGGCUGUACAAACACCUGUCUGCCAUUGGGCCUCAUGCGAUGCUGAUGCAUCCGACACAGCUCUUUCACGAGUGCUCCGGUACAUUUGGUACAUUCGGCGCGGCUCUAGCACCUCGAACCAUGGCCCGGAAAUUAUCCGGCGGCGAGGUUGCAAAGUGUGUUCGUGAGCUUGCGGAGCUUGCUUCCGCACCGCCGACAGUGACCCAAACAGGCCGAGAAGAGUCGUUCCAUUCAAAGGCCGAGAGGAUCCUCGAAUGGGAACUCGAGCAUGAAGACGUCUUCGAAGAAGCUCACCAGGAGACUGUCGGAACGUACAUUGCUCAAACCGUUCGUGACGAGUUUGAAAAUGUGCCCAUCAUCGGCCCUAUUCAGUUCGAUGUCGACCACCUUGCUCUGCCUCCGCGGACGAGAAACCUCAUGACCACUCGAGGGAUGGCCAUGUUCCGUGAUAUCCAGCCCCGUUGGAACUCCGAAUGGGCUUUUAAUCGGACGCGGCAAACGCAACAUGAUUCUAGGGCCGGUUCUGCACGUCGUCGCAUUGAUGGAGUCGAUACUUCCAUUCGCAAUCGGGACCGAGUGCAGCCGGACGACGUUCGGGUCCAACGACCUCGCCGUCGUGGGGCCCUGUCACCGCUUGAUCAGACACUAUAUCGGAAGAUCAUGGUGGCUGUCGUUGCCGUACGGGUCCUGGCAGGUGGGUCAGAUGCUAACCGGAUUGACUGGGAUCUUGUGUCGGCAGCGUUUCCCAAGCACGACCAUGUCUUCAUUCAAGACCAUGCGCGAAACAUUCUCAGCAAGAGUCGUCUACAGAUGGCCGGCAUGCAGCGAGAUUUCCAGGAGCGUUUCCUCGAAGCCUAUACCCAGAAGAAGGUGCCUUCCAUCGACUACAACCAUUUAAAUAAAUACAACUGGCCCGCGGUCGUCGAGUGGGCAAAUAUUGAACUGGAAUUCUCCACGUCGGAAAAGGCACCGCUACUUCCUGCCACUCGGCAAGAAUUCGACAGUAUCUUCGAACUCCGUCCCGAGCCCAUGCCAACGGCCGACGAAUUGUACACCGUGACUUCAGGCAUCACUCUCAACUAUAAGCGCGGACUGAUGGCCCAUGUGCCAUUUGCAGUGAAGAUGACCAAAGCUGGAGCUCGUGAACGUGUCGGACCUCGCAAGGCCGAGCUUGACCGGCUGGAUGUAGUCAAGACUUGGGUCCGGGCCAACGUGGCAGCAUCGGAGUCGACCUACAAUCCGUCCAAGGCAGAAGAGGCUUUGAGACCAUUCGGUUCCCUCAUGAUCAACUCGGCCGUCCAGUGCCUUCUUACCGAUCGAGUGAUCAGCAUGGGUAACAAGGGCCGACUUGUGCCCGGCCGCAACUACGACCUGACAGACUACCUUUUGACUUCUCUCAGUCGCAAGCGACUCAUCGACUGCCCCAUCUUGAAACGCGCGGCUUACUUCAAAACCACCAUCCUGGAUCCACAGCUUCGACGAGCAGGAACUUGUGAUGUCUUCUAUCACGCCGAGGACGGCGAUAUCCUCGCACUCAUCAACCUCAUGAAUGAUGGCCAACUCACCCUUCAUCCACGCGGCCAACCGCGCGACAAAUGGGGUCUCACGGAUGGCGGAUACCUCACCCGACAGAUGGACAAGAAUCGGUUACGCUUCGCUAUUGAGAUUCGUUCAACCGAGUCCUACGUCUACGGUAAUCCUGUCGAGGACCGAGCGCGAAGUAUCCCGGCACCAAACCCGCCGCGCACAAAUGACGCCAAUCUGCCUCCCAAAUUGCCGCUGUGGUUUGACAUUCACGGGCACUUGAUUCCGCAAUUGUGGGAAAUGGCCGUCGCAAGCGUUCUCGGCUGCGUCGUGAUGCGCCAAGGUCUCAGUGCGGAACGAAUUUCGACCAUGAUCAAGCCUGCGAUGAGUGCCUGGGAGAUUGAGUUACUGCUGAAUUGGUUGAAAGAGGUCGGGGUGAUGGAACGGCAGAGUCGCAGUGAACAUGACGGAUGGAUGGUCCGCCCUUGGUGGUGGUUGGUCUUGACGGAGAAGGAGACUUGGGCGAGAGAAGAGGACUCUGCUGGACAUGAAAAUACGAAGCGGUCGAGCGUCGAACCACCCUCGCAAGGUGUGACUUCGGUGGCGGUUGCCUAG